GCUUAUUGUUGUUGUGUGUGUUUGCACAGAUCCGUCGCCUCAACACAAGCAGAAACCCCCAACCACGGACCUCUGCUACAAGACUGAAAUCAGCAGCCUCAUGGACUUCAACUCUCCUGAUGCGUCAUUGGACAAAGUCCUGCUGCGCGAAGAGGUGGCCCAGCUCCAGGAGGAGGUGCACCUGCUGCGGCAGAUGAAGGACAUGUUGAGCAAGGACCUGGAGGAGACCCAGGGAGGCUGCUCGGCUGACGUCCUGUCCGCCACGGAGCUGCGAGUGCAGCUGGCCCAGAAGGAGGAGGAGCUGGAUCGGGCCAAGGAGGCUUUACAAGCCAUGAAGUCGGACCGCAAACGUCUCAAGGCGGAGAAGGCCGACCUGGUGAACCAGAUGCAGCAGCUUUAUGCCACACUAGAGAGCCGGGAGGAGCAGCUUCGGGACUUCAUACGCAACUACGAGCAGCACAGGAAAGAGAGCGAGGACGCAGUAAAGGCUCUGGCCAAGGAGAAAGACCUCCUGGAGAGGGAGAAGUGGGAUCUGAGACGGCAGACCAAGGAGGCCACGGAGCACACGGGCAUGCUGCGCUCCCAGCUCGACCUCAAGGAGAACCGCAUCAAGGAGCUGGAGGCUGAACUCGCCAUGAUGAGUAACUGUGUCAAUCAGAGAACGGAGUUCCGGGUGUUUGAGCGGCUUGUGGACAGGGACUACUCUCCUAGGGUCACGGCGGCCAAACAGUCACUAGCCACGCUGACAAAGGAUGUGCCCAAGCGUCACUCAUUGGCCAUGCCCACGGAGGCGGUCGUCAAUGGCAACAACCAGGAGUGGGUGAUGCAGGCGGAUCUUCCCCUGACUGCCGCCAUCAGGCAAAGUCAGCAGACCCUCUACGUCCACACGGGCCAUCCCACUGACAGACAAGUGGCUGCGGUGCGAGUGAGCCCCAUCCACUCGCGUCAGCCCUCCAUCAUCUCUGACGCCUCUGCAGUGGAGGGAGAUCGGUCGUCGACGCCCAGCGACAUAAACUCGCCUCGUCACCGGACUCACUCCCUCUGCAAUUCCCUAGAAGAUCUGGAGGAGGCGAAGCGUAAGAAGAAGAAAGAGAAGAUGGGGCUGGGCUCGCUGUCGCGUGUCUUUGCCCGGGGAAAGCAACGCAAGUCUCUGGACCCCGGUUUGUUUGAUGGUACUUCCACACCCGAUUAUUACAUAGAAGAGGAUGCAGACUGGUAAAAAGCACAGCUCUCUGAGUGAACCCACCUGUGGACCACGUUGCAUUUAAUGUGUGAGAGGACGGAUGUCGGAGUGUAUAGAUAUAAUAUAAUACAUGCGCCUGUUUAGCCCCACAACAAGGGGGAUAAUUGUACAUGUUCGUGUGUGUGUGUGUGUGCGUGCGUGUUGGUGUGCACGUGCGUGGUUAGGCCAACGGUCAGAGGCCGAGUCAGGAGCCAGAGGCGCGUCUUGCUUUGCCGAAGUGUAUCUCUUAUUGAACACAUUGCACCUGUACGUAUGUACACUUCUGUAAAUAGAAAAACACAGCAACAAUGUGGACUUGCUCUGUCAAAGCUGUGUUCCUGGAUCUUCUUCUUGACUUUUUGUUUUCAAAAAGCUGGAAACUUGAAGGACUGCUGUAUCUGUAAAUAACAACGGUUGUUGUUCACUCUGUGCUUGUAAAUGUCUCCAUGUUCCGAUUAACUUUUGUUCAUUUUGACAUGAAUUCCCCUCACAACUCAAAGCCCCUUUGUUUUGUUUUGUUUUUUUUGUCCUGCCUGGUCCUCCCCUCCCUUUUCACACAGCCAUGAUGAGAACAGUUUCCUGUAGGCAACAUGCAGACUCCUCAGUUCCAACAACAAUUCGAUUAUCAUUUAUCGCAUUCCUCAGAAAACGAAAACUCAACAGGGGCUCUAACUGGUUGCAAAAGAGCCGCUGAGCACGGGGUCAGCUUUCUACGCUGAACCGUUUGUUCAAUAAUAAUGAUGAAGCCAAACAGGAAAUGCAAAAAAAAAAAAAAAAAAAAAAAAGAUUUCUAUCUGCUAAGAUAGAACGUACAGUGCCUUGCCAAGGUAUUCAUUUUUUUGUUUUCUCCACGUUUUUGCAAAAUAACUAAUUAUCUAAUUCCAUCCAAUUGAUGCUCUGGUUGUAUAUCUGUUCUAUAUCGAUAGCAGAUUUUUACUCCAGGAUUGCUCCAUCCAUGUUUCUGUCAACUCUAACCAGCUUCCCACCAAUCAUGAUGCUGCUGCCAAAGUGUUUUACCAUGUUGGGCCAAAACGUUACAUUCUGUUUUCACCUGACCAGAGAUCACGCUAACUGAGAGCUUGCAAAAUGGCAUCGGUCACGGACCGGCUAAUUAUUUGACAUCACAUGAGGCUGAGGCAACAGUGUUGUAAAAUGAGAAGAAAUACUGCCCCUUACAGGAGAAGGUUCCCAAUAUUUUUCACAAUUUGUGGCGGAAAUUUUGAAACAAACUUAACAGUUAUGCACUAGAAUGACAAAAUGAUCCAUUGAUUAUGCGUGAAUUUCUGUGAUUAAUGUAAUUUAGCAUCUGGAGUCUAGAUGGCCACAUAAAAAGCUAUGGUGGGCCAGAUUUGUCCCCCGAGCAUCAAGUUUGACACAUGUGCUUUCGUAGGUAUUAAUGGCUCGUUUAACAUUGCUUUGUGACGAGCUAAAAUUUUAAAAGGUAUUUUUUUUUUUUAAUCCAACUCGGAUUUAAUCUGCAGCACAACUUUAACCUUGAUGUGUCUGCAGUGACCCUUGAUCUCUAUGGUGUUGCUUGUUCACUAGUGUCCUCAGACGUCCUUGAUAGAUCAGCUUGGCUUAUUCUAAGAGACUGUGUGUGUAUAAAUCAGGUAACCGGUAAUCGCUAGACGGUUUCAUCGGCGUUUAUGGGGUAACGGAGUAAAGAGAGCUAAAUGGUUUCUACAUCAUUCAGAUUUUUUUUAGAUCAACCAUGAAUGCCUCCACGGUUAUGGUUUGCUCUUGUGUCAGUCCGUCACAUAAAAUCCAUUGAAGUUUGUGGCUGUGAUGUGACAAAAUAUCCAAACGUUCGAGGGAUACUUAUGCAAGACAAUGCACACACCUGAACAUGGAACAUGCAUGCAAAUAGCCUCAGACCCCCAAAGCAUGCUGAGAGGGUUGUGUUGCAUAUGUUGUCAAGAAGGCACUUUAAAAAAAAAAAAAAAAAAGAGAGGCCAGUUACUGAUUUCAUGAUGUUUAUUCGUGGUUUUGUCAGAUUCAAAUGCAUCCUUUUUUUUUUUUUUUAAGCUCGGCUCUUUAAUUUUCUUUGAUUACUCUGUUGUGGUUUAGCAAUUUAGCCAUAUUCUGCAUCUCCAAGGCAACAUUUCCAAGUGGGAAUCAAUUUGGAAAUUUCAAGAUCAGCAAAGCUGUCAAGAAACCAACACUAUUUUAAAUCAUUCAUAGUUUUUCCUCCCAUUUUCUUUUAACUUGAUCUCGCCGCUGCUCGCAGCUAUCAUUAUGCUAAUACUCCGAAAAGCUGCUGGGGUUGGAUUAUGUUUCUAAAAUUAGACGCUAGAUAUAAAACCGAUGGUCAAGACUUUUGCUAGACCGCUGGAAUCAAAGUUGUUUUUAAUUAAUAACUGGAACUGCAAUUAAAAGAAGCGUACAUUAAACAAAAGACUCCAACGCUGAUGAGUGCCACCUCGGAAGGUUAGAAAUCAGGUCUUAAGCAUACUAAUCAAGUAAAAGCAUUGCUUUCCAGGUGACCCCCUGAGCUCCAUAGACAGUUUUUGUUUUACGCUUCUUCUGGGAAAAAAAAAAAAAAAAGCAAUUAGCUCUGUGUUAAAGGUUAAUAACAUUUCUUCAAGCCAAAGAAUGUCCAGAGACACAGGAUUCUUUUCAUCCUGGAUCAAAUUGGAGUCUGCACUGCCCCCACUGGAAAUCUCUUCUCUCCCUGACAUUAAAUUAUCACUGGGUUUUCUUUAGCUGUACCAAAAACCACCCCAAAACAGUGCAAGAAGGCACUGGAGCUAUUUUUUUAACCAGACUUUACGAGAAAAGAGGAUCUUUGGAAAAAGUAUUUGCUGCCAGACUUUUUUUUUUUUUUUUUUAACAUGGUCACAGUUCAAUGUUUCAGAUCAUCAAACUAAUUUUGAUACAAGACACGACAACCUGAGUAAAUAUAAAAUGCAGUUUCAAAUUAUGAUUUUAAUUCGUUAAGCUAUCCAAAGCAUCCUGCCCUUGCGUGAAAAAAUAAUUGCCCUCUAAAACCAGCUACUAAUUGUUCCACCCUUGCCAGCAACAACUUCCAUCAGCUAUUUAUGAUAAUUGGCAAUGAGUCUUUUACAUCACUGUGGAGGAAUUUAGCCCACUUUUCUUUGCACCAGUAUGUAAAUCAGCCUCACUGGAGGGUUUUAAAUAGCCUACUCUAAGUCAUUACCGAAGCCUUUAGUUCAGAUUUAAUUCCAAACUUUGACUUGAAGAUCUUUUUUUUUUUUUUUUCUAUGAUUCAGAGGCGGAUUAGCUAGUGUGCUAGAGUUGAGUCAUGGAGCCUUGUGAAGCUUCAUAACUCGAGCACGCUUGAGUUUUAAGACAAGAACAUAUGGCUGGACAUUCUCACCUGCUUGAUUAUCUGAAACAUUUAGGAAAUUCAAAGAUAAAUCAUCGCAUAUUCAGCUGUAUUUAUAGGAACAACUCAACCAGUUAAGGUGUUCAUUAUCAAAUAGUAUAUAGGAAAAAUACAGGCUACUUUUUAUGUUUUCAUUUAACCAGUUUUUACCUGCUGACUGGGGGGGGGGGAAACUACAUAUCAAAUGCAGCAUUGUAUGAUUUCAUAUUCUGAGCCACGGGGUGUGUUUUUAUUCUUCCACAGAUAUUUUACUUUUUUGUAAAAAUGAGAUAGCAUUACAGAAAUGAGAUGAAUAUUAUUGUUAUUAUUAUUAUUGAAGAGUUUUAUUUAAAGUCAGAGAUGUAGGCCUCAGUGUGGAACUGAGAUAUUUAGAAGUAGAUAGUAGCAACUUUCUAAGGCAUGGCAACGACGUUACGCUAAAAAAAGAAAACAAACAAUAAAAAAAUAAAUAUUAUUUUAAAAUAAAAUAAGGGAUAAUGAUUUCUAUGUGGCUGUCCUCUCUUUUCCUGUGUUUGUGUUAUGUGUUUUUUUGUUGUUACUUCUGUCCCGUUUUUAACGUGGGGUUGCUGCAGUGUGCAGCCUUCAAAUGGCCUUUUUUUCCUCUGUUCCCCUCUCUGAUUUCUUCAUUCCCAGCUAAUUUUCCCCCCACCCUACAUUUCUCAAAAAGCUGCAUUAGUUUUGUCAAAACAAAAGGGAUAAGGGAAGAUAAGGCCAUGUCAGAUCUCAUGUGUGAGCGCAUGGUGUCAAUAAUGGUGUGUACCAACGUGACCACUAACCUGUAACUCUGACCCCUUCCUGUCAAACUCCCAUCCUACUCUCAACACAGUGGAGCGACCCAAGAAGCAACCAGUCACAUUCAAAGAGUUUGGAGGAAAGACGAUUUCUUGUUGCUUCAACAAAGCGUUGCACUGGGUUGCAAACUGUGUUGGCAGAUACCUUCUAACUUUCAAACAACGUCACACUCUGACCCGACUUGGCACUUCUUCAAGUUGAAGUGUAGAGGUUUUUUUGUUUUGUUUUGUUUUGCUUUAUAGAAAGAAGAUGUAACGGUGUGAAACAGAAAGUGAGUGCCGAAACAGGCUUUUGAGAGCAACAGUAAGUUUCAUGACAUAUAUUGGCAAGUCACUUUAUUAGCCACAUCUUGGUAAAUUCUUUUUUUUUUUUGUUUGUUUAAGAACUUGGGCUCAAAAAAUAUGUCAAAUCUAGCAAAAUUGGUAAAAAAAAAAAAGAAUGAAAAAAAAUAUUUGUAGUGUUGGUUUAUGUCAGAUUAAUUUCCAAUUUUGCUGCUGCAGUUUUUAAAAAAAUAUUAUUGAAUGCAUGAGUGGAGGUCACUGAAGGUCAGUCAGGACACAUUACCCAGAUCAAACAAAAGCGGUGUCCAUGGUUUUGUGCAUAGUUUGUUUUGGUUUGGUCAAAAAAAUAUUGUUUAUGCCACUAUCAUUAUAGAGACUCUGCAGUAUAGAUCAGUUUUUGUUUGACUUUAUAUCCAUGAUGAUAUUCUCAUAUUCCACCAUCAUCCCAAAAGUUCUCAAAAUCUAUUACUGAAAAAAACAAAUGCAGACUUGGAUUUGUCAUGUUGUUAUGCCAGACAGACAUGCAGAACAACAAAUAUUUUCUAAUAGAGUAGGCUGUAUUCUGUUGCAGGCUUUAGUUUAUUUAAACUGACAUGGUGUUAAUAUCUCACCUAUAGUUGAUUUAUUUCAGAAGAUUUUAUAUUUGCACCCUAUUUCCAUCGAUAAAGAUUUUCAUCCCCAUCUGGGUCGGGUGACUCUUCUAAAAUAUGACUGAUUGUGUUCAAACCUCCCUAUCAAACCAAGUUAACAGAAUGUGGUAGAGGAGUUUUCAGUCAGCAUAUUUUAUCUGUAUUUUUUGUUGUUGUGAUACUAGGAGCCUUUAUUUAUCGUAACGUGAGAGGAAAGCAGGCAGACAGAGAAAAGGGAAAACGUUCAGAAAAUGUUGUGGGGCCAUGGAGUCGGAACCUGCACGACUGUGCUGAGGAGUAAUUGCCUCUAAAUGUUUCAUGAUGUCUACCAUUUAAGCACAGGCUGUGACCACAAUUAGAUUUUUUAUUU